AUGCCUCCACCGAUGCUUGAUCUCAUGACCUCCCAUAUGGGAGACUCACUACAUUCAUUCGUACGGGUCGGGCACAUUCAGGCCGUGGUCAAGCGACCAAACAUCACCUGCGACAAGAAAUUUGUCGAUCCCGGCCAGCUUAACUACCCUUCGUUCUCAGUACUCUUCGGGAAAUCAAGAGUUGUUCGGUACACCCGAAUACUAACCAACGUCGAAGCUCCGAAAUCCUCAUACGAAGUCGCCGUUGAAGCGUCGUCGUCUGUGGCGGUAACCGUGAAACCGGCGAAGCUUUUCUUUAAGAAUGUCGGAGACAGGUUGAGGUACACAGUUACUUUUGUGUCGAAGAAGGUCGUGACUGGCAAGGAUGCGUUUGGUUCCAUUUCUUGGAACAGUGCCCAGAACCAAGUGAGGAGUCCGGCCGCUUUCACCUGGCCGGAGCUCUUUUAA